UCCCGUUUUGCGUCAGUUUACGCACUGACUCCAGAAGACAGGCUGUGUGGGGGAACCCCUCCUGGCGGUUCGUCUCGCCGACGGCGCCCCCGCCGCUCCUCCGUUUAGAGUGCGUAGGUUUGGGGCAAACCUUGGGCGAGAGGAGGACUUGCUCUUGCCGACGCCGGCCCUUCUCUGGCCCCGCCUUUCUCCCGUGAGGCAGUGUCGCCACCCGGAAGUACCGCUGCGGCCGCGUUACCGUCCGUCUUCCCCCGGUGCGAGGCUUGGAAUUGAAGGGCGACUGCGCCCCUGCCGCGCCGCCCGUCGCCGCAGCCUCAUGGGGGUCCACGGGCUCUGGAAGCUGCUGGAGUGCUCCGGGCGGCAGGUCAGCCCGGAGACCCUGGAAGGGAAGAUCCUCGCCGUGGGUAUCCUUGACGUGUUCUCGGGCUAAGAGAAGGCAUAGAAAGGAUUUGGCAGCCACCGACUCCAGAAAAACGACAGAGAAGCUUUUGAAAACAUUUUUGAAAAGACAGGCUAUCAAAACUGCCUUAAAAAGCAAAAGAGACGAAGCACUCCCCAGUCUUACUCAAGUUCGAAGAGAAGAUGACAUCUAUGUUUUGCCACCUUUACAGAAGGAAGAGAAAAAUAGUUCAGAAGAGGAAGAUGAAAGAGAAUGGCAAGAAAGAAUGAGUCAAAAACAAGCAUUACAGGUAUCCGUUGCUUGGUGGCACGAAAACGGUUGUUUGUCACCCUCCUCUCGCCGUUCCGGGUGCUGUUUAGCUCAGCAAGGCAGUCCUCUCCGCACGUGAUCCCGUGUAAAUGCAGGCAGUCCGUAGCUGGGGCUGAAGUCCCCUCCAGGGCUUCCUUACUCACGUGUCUGGCAGUUGAUGCUGGCUGCCCAUCCAAACACCUGCCUGUGGCUUCUCCGUGUGGCCUGGGCUCAUUCACAGCAUGGCACUUUGUUCCAAAGGAAGAGUUCUUUCAUAAUCCUCAUGCCAUAGAUAUUGAGUCUGAAGACUUUAGCAGCCUGCCUCUUGAAAUAAAGCAUGAAAUCUUGACUGAUAUGAAAGAAUUUACCAAGCGAAGAAGAACCUUAUUUGAAGCAAUGCCAGAGGAGUCUAAUGACUUUUCACAGUAUCAGCUCAAAGGCUUGCUUAAAAAAAACUAUCUAAAUGAACACAUAGAAAAUGUCCAAAAGGAAAUGAAUCAGCAACAGUCAGGACAAAUCCAAAGGCAAUAUGAAGAUGAAGGGGGCUUUUUGAAGGAGGUGGAGUCAAGGAGAGUGGUCUCUGAAGACACGUCGCAUUACAUCUUGAUAAGAGGUAUUCAAUCUAAGAAAGUUGCAGAGGAUUCAAAGCCUCUGCCUUCUUCCAGUGAAAUGCACAGCAGGUCUUUUGACGUGAAGUCAUCUCCAUGUGAGGAACUGAAGCCAGAGAAAGAACCUGCUGCUACCCCUCCUUCUCCAAGAACUUCCCUGGCAAUGCAGGCUGCCAUGCUGGGAAGCAACUCAGAAGAGGAGUGGGAGAGUGAGAAGCAAAAGCGAUCUGAUGCGAAGAAUGCACCUGUGUCACCACUUACUGUAUUAGCUAUUCAGAAAGUUCUUGACGAUGAUGAAGACAUGGAAGCACAUGCCGGAAAUGAUGUGCAGACAGGAGGGUCAGGAGUGAAAAAGUUGCUUGAGAACAGUUGCUGUGAAGAAACUGUUGAAGAUCUUAAAGAGGGAGAUGGAGAGGGAAUGCUCUUGCCAACAGGACCCCAUCUACCCCUUAUGAAUUCUGCACAUGAAACCAGCUCUGACACUGGCAAGAGGCUGGCAGACCCAGCUCAUUUGUCACAUCCUGUCUUCUGUCCAGGAAGUGUUCUAAAAGAAGAAAUGUCACUUAUGCAUUUGGUGAGUGAGGCCUUUCAGAAAAGCGAUGAGUUUACUGUUAAGGGUAGAGAAGACCCAGUUCCUUCAGAAAGCACAAUGGUGAUGCCCAGUGAUGCGCCUGGACUCCAGAGUGGGAGAGAACUGAAACCAACUCCUGGGAUGAGUUCAAGUUCUGUGUCAAGGAAUGAAACAUACACCAAAGAGCCUGAGCUACAAGAGCUUUGUCCAUCGGGCAGCAAAUAUGAUUCCUCUGUUCUUUCAAGUGAUGAUGAAACAGAAUGUGAAAAAAAUUGUGAUUCUGAAAUAAUUGGCACUCUCCAUUUGCAAGAAACGAGUAAUACACAAAGUGUCCCUUUGGAGGCGAUGAGUAACUUAGAAGAUGCAGUAUCCUUUAAUGGUAAAGAGCCUGAGAAUUGCCUGAAAACCAUCCAAGAACAUGAGACAGUGGAAUCUGCAGACCAGGACUUAAUUUCAGUUCCUAAGUCCAUGGAGCCAAUGGAAAUGGACUCUGAAGAAAGUGAAUCUGAUGGAAGUUUCAUCGAAGUACAGAGUAUAACUAGUAAUUAUGAAGUUCCAGCAGAGUUACACGAAGCUUCCAAAUCUCCUUCUGGACAAAGUGAAGAACUGAUAGGAGCUGAGAAGGAAGACGCCAUGGACGACUCUGAGGGCCUCCUAAAACAGAACUCUGGAAGUGAGGCUUUGGAUAGUGAGCCACAUGAAGAAGCUGGAAAAGAUGCAGACAAUUCACUCAAUGAAUGGCAAGAUAUUAAUUUGGAGGAACUGGAGACUCUGGAGAACGACCUGUUAGCACAGCAGCAUUCAUUGAAAGCGCAACAGCAGCAGCAAGAAAGAACGGCUGCUACUGUGACGGGGCAGAUGUUCCUAGAAAGCCAGGAACUUCUUCGCCUCUUUGGCAUUCCCUACAUCGAGGCUCCCAUGGAAGCAGAGGCUCAGUGUGCCAUCCUGGACCUGACUGAUCAAACUUCUGGGACAAUCACUGAUGAUAGUGAUAUUUGGCUGUUUGGAGCACGGCAUGUCUAUAAAAACUUUUUUAAUAAAAACAAGUUUGUAGAAUAUUACCAGUACGUGGACUUUCACAACCAACUUGGAUUAGACCGGAACAAAUUAAUAAAUUUGGCCUAUUUGCUUGGAAGUGAUUAUACAGAAGGAAUACCAACUGUUGGUUGUGUUACAGCCAUGGAAAUUCUGAAUGAAUUCCCUGGACAUGGCCUGGAACCUCUCCUAAAAUUCUCAGAGUGGUGGCAUGAAGCUCAAAAAAAUAAGAAGAUAAGACCUAACCCUUAUGAUACCAAAGUGAAAAAAAAAUUACGCAAGCUGCAGCUCACACCUGGCUUUCCCAAUCCAGCUGUUGCGGAUGCUUACCUCAAACCUGUGGUGGAUGAUUCCAGGGGAUCGUUUCUGUGGGGGAAACCAGAUCUGGACAAAAUUAGAGAAUUUUGUCAGCGUUAUUUUGGCUGGAACAGGACGAAGACAGAUGAGUCUCUGUUUCCAGUAUUGAAGCAACUGAACGCCCAGCAGACGCAGCUCCGAAUUGAUUCUUUCUUUAGAUUAGCUCAACAGGAGAGACAAGAUGCUAAGGGUAUUAGGAGCCAGAGACUUAACAGAGCUGUGACAUGUAUGCUGAGAAAAGAGCGAGAAGCAGCAGCCAGCGAAAUAGAAGCAGUGUCUGUUGCCAUGGAGAAUGAUUUUGAGUUCCCUGAUAAGGCAAAAGGAAAAACCCAGAAGAGAAGCAUCGUAAAUAAAUGGAAAGAGUCAUCAAGCCCGAAAAAAAAGAGGCUUUCAGAUUCCAAGCAAGAGAGAAGAUGUGGUGGGUUUUUUGUGGGGGCCUGCCUCUCGCCAUCAUCUGGGACCUCUUCAGGCGAGGACACGGAGUGUGGGUCUUCAGUGAACAUGCACUGCAGGGGAGCAGCCCUGGAGUCACCUGCCAGCCACCCAGGUUUGCAGAGUGCAGUGACGCCUGCUCCUGCCAGGGACCAAGGUGCAACCACCAGCAGCUCCAGUGACGAUGAUGGUGGGGGGCCAGUGCCAGUGCUGGUGACUGCCAGAUCUGUGUUUGGGAAGAGAAAGGGGAAACUGAGAGGUAUAAGAGGAAAAAAGAGAAAAAGCUAAUUUAAGUCCAUGUGUUCCCCAUCAUCAGGUACAACUAACAUUUUGUGAUGAAUUUGUUGUGAGGAAAUAAUACAAUUAAAAGUAUUUGCACACUUUU